AUGAAGUCGUUAUCACUCCUGGGCGUCUCCUCCCUCGCCCUCACCUCCCUCGCUCUGCCUACUGUGAACCAAAAUCAGCUUCGAUUCGAGUCUCUCGCCGACCUUGCCGAUGCGGACAAACCGCGGGCUAUCAAAGAUGCAUUCAACCAUGCAUGGAAAGGAUAUAUGACCCACGCCUACCCAAUGGACGAACUCCGGCCAGUGUCCAACGUAGGGACUAACCCACUGAACGGCUGGGGUGCCACGCCGGUCGAUGCGCUUUCUACUGCUAUCAUAAUGGGCUUGCCAGAUGUCGUGGACCAGAUCCUGGACCAUGUUAGCAAGAUUGAUUUUAGCAAGACGGAUGACCUCUGCAGUUUGUUCGAGACUACUAUUCGCUACCUAGGAGGUUUGAUCUCGGGUUAUGACUUGCUGAAGAAUUCGGGGGCAAUGGAUGUCGACUCCGAGAAAGUCGAUGUCUUGCUUCAGAAGGCUGUAGAGCUUGCGGAUGUCCUUAAAUUUUCUUUUAACACUACUACCGGCAUUCCCUCAAACACUCUGAAUAUUCCUAAGCAGACUACUGACGGCGCCACCAGCAACGGCCUUGCAACGGUCGGAACAUUGGUCCUUGAAUGGACACGUCUCUCUGACUUGACCAACAUGGAAGAGUACGGAAAGCUUGCCCAAAGAGCUGAAGAGCAUUUGCUCGACCCCAUGCCUCAGUCGAAUGAGGUGUUCCCCGGUCUCGUCGGAGGAAGUAUCAACAUCAAGACCGGCGAGUUUGAGCGCGCCAGUGCUAGCUGGGAGGGCGGUGAUGAUUCCUUCUACGAGUAUCUGAUCAAGAUGUACGUCUACGAUCGUAGUGCAUUUGGAAAGUACAAAGAUAGAUGGGUGCUGGCGGCCGAGUCGACUAUUGAGCACUUGAAAUCUUCCCCCUUGCUGCACCCUGACACCACGUUUGUCGGAGCCUGGGCAAACGGAGCAUUGGUCAAGAGCUCCCAGCACCUUGCCUGCUUCGACGGAGGCAACUUCAUCCUCGGUGGACGAGAGUUGAACCGACCUGACUUCACCCGAUUCGGACUUAAGCUAGUCGACGGCUGCCACAAAACUUACGCCAACACUGUGACUAAGAUCGGACCUGAAUCCUUUGGCUGGGAUGAGAAGAGGGUCCCUAGAGACCAAGCUUCCUUUUUUGCCAAGUCUGGUUUCUAUAUCAACAGCUCUGGUUAUGUCUUGAGGCCAGAGGUCAUAGAGAGCUUCUACUACGCAUACAGAGUCACUGGAAACAAGAAGUAUCAACAAUGGAUCUGGGAUGCCUUCGUGGCCAUCAGUGAAGCCACUAAGACAGACAGCGGUUUUUCCUCCAUCAGCAAUGUCAACGCUCCAAACGGCGGGUCUAAGACCGACAGCCAACCUAGCUUCUUCUUUGCUGAGACCUUGAAGUACACCUAUCUAGCUUUCGCUGAAGAUGCCGACUGGCAGAUUAGCCAAAGUGGAAGGGACAAGUUCGUCUUCAACACGGAGGCCCACCCAUUCCGCGUCCGCAACUAG